UGGGCAAAACUUACUGAGUGCAUUUAAAUAUCCUAUUGUGUUCACUUCUGAUUUCGUAUUAGCAAAAGUGAACAUUUGUGCAUUCGGCGGAAAUGAAGAUUUUCGAAAAAAAUUUGUAUCUGUCAUUGACCUUCCUAUCUUAUGUUAUCGAAGGAACAUUAUAUCAAGAAAAUUUUGAAUCUUUUAUGAAAACUUCGGUGUACAGUUACUAUGAGAAGAGAAUUCGACCCAUUACCGACCAAUCUAAAGCUUUGGACGUGAAUAUAUCGUACAGCGCAAUAGCGAUCAACGGGUUGGACUCUGCCAGCGGUACUUUGGAAAUUGUUGGAAUACUAACUGCAACAUGGUACAACGAACUUUUGAUCUUCAAUACCUCCACACAAUGGAACAGUUUAGGAGGACUUCUUUUCCCACAGAACACGUUUUGGCGGCCAUCGCUAGUUCUGGACAACUCUGCAACCUCACUGGCUGAGGUUGGUGACAGUUCAUACCGUAUUAGAAUUGACGGAAAUGGAAAACAUGAAUGGAUCAUCGGAUUAGUUGCGACAGCUGCCUGCUCUGUUGAUAUAACCAACUUUCCUUUCGAUAGCCAAUCGUGUGAGCUAAUUUUUACGCCAUGGGGGACAACAAACACAGAAGUAACCUUGUCGCCAAUGGUGACAACAGUGGAUCAAACGCAUUAUUCAGAGAGUACAGAGUGGGUAUUCGUAUCAUCAUCCAUUGCAUCUAGCUCAAAGAAUAGUAUCUCAUAUCUCACCAUCACUAUCAACCUCAAAAGAAGUCCCGGUUAUUUCUUUGUCAACCUCGUAAUGCCCGUUGUCGUCGUUGCUCUACUAAAUAUUUUGGUUUUCUUGCUGCCUUCUGAGUGUGGCGAGAGAGUGGGCUAUGCUGUAACCAUAUUUUUAACAUUCGCAGUUUACCUUGAUAUCAUAACGGCUACACUUCCAAAAUCAACCGACUUCAACGCCAAACUAUCUAAUUAUUUGAUAUCGAUGGUGGUUUUGGGAGCAAUGACAACCCUCAUGAUCAUAAUUUCUCUAUAUGUUUACCACAAAGAUGAAGCCACACGAAUACCGCAAUGGCUCAAAAAGCUCUCCAACUGUCUACAGUGUAAGUGUGGAAAGGGGGAAGUUAAAGCUAGCUCGGUGGCUCCUUCCAUCACAACGAGGCUUGAUGACAACACCAAAAAGCCUCUCGGUCCUGCAGCCACAAAAGUCGGAAUAGGAUCGCGACAGAACACAUUACUUGAAUUUGAAUUACAAGAGCUUGACGUUGGAAAGGAGAGACAUCACAUCGCUUUUUCCGAAAAGUCUCCCAUAGUAAGCUUUUCAAACGAAAGCGUUUCCGAAGAUGAUGAUGAUGACGAAGAAGAUGUAAUUGACUGGCACUUCGUUGCAGUUUCUCUGGAUUAUCUUUUCUGUUUUGUCACUUUCUGGAUAACAUUAGGAUUGUCGUGCUUCUUCCUACUGCCUUUGGCAUUUGUGUGACAAAUAUUUUAAUUCACUUUGAUAUUUUUUAUGGAAGUAGGUUUUUUUUUGUGCUUGCAUAUUUUAUUCUACUGUAAAAACUGGUAAAUAACCUAUUUACAUAGAUAUUGCUAUUUUUCGGCUUAUUUUACUCUAUAUGUUACAGUUAUUACUUUAUGUUCAUUGUAUAGAACAUUGUGGAUACAGUUUACUUUCUUAUGAAUAUUCUAAUGAAUUGUGUGUUUCAAGAAACAUGACCAUUAUUUUGUUCGAGUAUAAUUCAAAAUAAAGUUUUUUGUAGAUA